AACUCUUGGAGAUAAAAAUAUGCUAAAGACUUGUAAUUAGAUUUCUCUUGGUCCAAAGUAGAACUCUUAUUUUAUUUUAGGUUCAAAAGGUCAAAGGACAAGUCUCCUCUUCUGUGCGAUUAAGCUCCUAGAAACUUGGUCCAAUGUUUAAAUUAAUUAAUUUGUAACUUAACGUACAGAAACGUAGUUAAAUAAUUACGUAAAGUAUGGAAACAUAAAUAUGUGUAAAAUAUGUUCUAAUUCUUGUUGUAUACAUAUGUACCUGUGAUUCCAUCCGUCUGACUUUACUUUGGGAGCUAUAAUUUUUUAGCCAUUAUUGGUAAAAUCUACAUUGGUGUAUUUAAAAAUUGUACAAAUAUAAAAAUGUAGAUUGUGUGUGUAUUUUCAGACAGAAUGAGGCGAGCUCAUGCAGGCAACUAUUACGAUCCUCUGCCUACACAGUACGAUGGUGACGCUAUGGAGGAGGCAAACGAACAGAUGACAUCGGAGCUGAAAGAGAAGAUCGGUGCCCUCAAAUCCUUAUCGAUUGACAUCGGAAAUGAAGUCAAGAUGCAAGACAGACUUUUACGCGAUUUGGAUAAUGACUUUGAAAGGACCGGAGGCUUUUUAGGGAACACAAUGAAUCGAGUAAUCCGUUUAGCAAAGGGCAGUCACAAUUACUACAUCUUCUACUUGUUCUUGUUUUCUAUUGUUGUGUUUUUUAUCUUAUAUGUUGUCCUCAAGUUUAGGUGAAGAUUGUCAGAUCUGUUAUUUUAUUUUGUGGUAAUUCUAAACUUCAUCACUUGUACAUUCAACUGUGUUAUAUUAGCACUUGUAUUGGCCAUAAAUUGUAAAUAUAAACUGCUUAAAAAAAUUUAUUUUGUUCAUUUUAUUUUAAAUAUAUUGGUUAAUUAUU